AUGAACCUCUUCUAUCGUAGGUGGGACAUACAAAACAAACAAAUAAUCAGACUAGAACACAAAAAGUCAAAAUGGCUAAGUCAGAUUAUCACACAUAGCGUUUUUUGUUUUUAUUCCAUAGAGGACGAGGGAAAACAAACUGAAAAAGAACUAAAAGAAGAAACUGGCAAUAACGAGAUUACAUUCGUGUAUGGCAACGUGACACAAGACGAUGAUGCCAAGCGGAUUAUAUCGACAACCAUAGAGAAAUACAAACGACUAGAUUGUCUCAUCAACAAUGCUGGAACACACCCACCACAUGCAACUAUAGAUAAUAUAUCAUCUGAGCAGUUUAAUUCCCUGAUUAACAUCAAUCUUACUGGAUACUUCAGAUUUUGCAAGUUCGCAUUACCAUCUCUUCGAAAGGUACAGGGAUGCAUUAUUAACAUAGCCAGUUUAGUAGCGGAACUGGGAGACUAUCACGGGGUUGAAUACAGUGCAUCAAAGGGUGGCAUUAUUUCAAUGACAAAAGCACUUGCCGUUGACGAAGCUGAACAUCGUGUUCGUGUUAAUUCUGUUUCUCCUGGCAAUAUACGUACCCCACUGCUGGAUUAUAUGUGUUCGUUAGAAUCUGACCCAGAAAAGGCGUUAAAGGAUUGCGACAACACGCAGAUACUUGGGAAUAUUGGAGAAGGGCGGGAUGUUGCCAUGGCGUGUUUAUACCUAGCAGCUGAUGCUCCUUUUGUUACGGGAACAAACUUAAAUGUUUCUGGUGGUGCAGAGGUUGGCUUCGGAAACAAAAGUGAACCAUGUGUUUGACUGCAAUAUACUCUUAGAGUCAUUGUACAGCACGACUUAGUAUUUUUAAAUUUUAAUCUGUGACAGACAGUGGCAGCACUUGCUUUCCGUCGACAAUUUAUGUAGUUAAACUUUAAAAAAUUCCCAAAACGUCUUGAAUGUAAAAUUUAGUAUACGAAACCAGGGAGAGAGAAUAUCAAUCCUUUUGUUGUUUAUUUUGAAUGAUAGUACCCUCUCUUUCGAAAAUAAAAAGAUUCCGAUCGGAACCACGUUAGCUUAACAUUUUUUUAAGAAAAUAUUCAGGAAAAGCAAUUUUAUACUGAAAUAUACAUCAGUUCUCUUUAUUGACGAAAACGCUCAUAAGU